AUGGCUGCCGCUGGAGAAUUAAGAUGUGAAGAUUCUGCCAUCGAGUCUGUUCUAGAAGAUAUUGACAGCGCACUGAUUUUAAAAGAAGAAAAAGGCACCUCAAGGUUCAGUGUCACUUGUGAGAGAAAAGCAGAGAAAGUUUCCGAUCCUGAGGUAAUAUCAGCUCCGCUCAAAAUAGAGACAGCACGAGUCUCCCCCCCUGCUCAGACCCACACAGAGACAGCUGAGAUACCUACUCCCCUGUUAGCUGUUUCACCUGUGCUCAUUGCCUCGGAUGAGGGUCACGAAUCAGACAUUGAACAAAUCCUGGUAGAACCUGCAAUUGGGGAGCAGGUGGAGGAAGAAGACUACAUCAUCAUCCUUGCCGAUUGCUUUGACACCAGCCGUCCGCUGAUAGAGUCCAUAGAAACUGGAAUUGUAGUGGCACCCAGACCCACAGUCAAAACCUGCACAGAGGUGGAGAACAGAGCAGACAAAGGGAGAGGUCCUGGCGCACCAGAAGACCUCAAUGAGAAAGAUGCUGAAGUUAAUAAAUCAGACCCUGAGAAUGCAUCUGUGACUAUAGCUGCAAAGUCUGAGACAGAAGAGCUCCGAGCUAAUAGCAUCACCGGUGGACUGGUGAAGGGAGCUCUGUCUGUAGCAGCAUCUGCCUAUAAAGCACUGUUUACUGGACAGACUGGUUCUGAGAAGCUUCCAGAAGAUGCAGCAUCUCAUGAUGCCAUGAUGGCCGUGUUGGUAGAGAUGGGCUUCGGUGACCGAGCACUGAAUCAGCAUCUGCUUCAGAAACACAACUGCAACCUGCUGGACGUGGUAAAUGAACUGGUGCAGAUGAGCGACAACGACUGGUACACCAAGCGCUACUGAGACGAAUUUUUCACUUCUGUUUCUCUUCUUCUGUGCAAUCAGCAGCCUAUUACUUGAUAAAGACUCUUGUUCUGUCUGGGUUGUGAAGAUGAUGUGUGUGAAUCUGUCUGCACCAAUGUGUAAUGGAUAAUCAUUAGUGAACCAGCUCAUCACCAUAAUAAUCGUGCUUGUUAAAGUUUUCAUUAGUGGGCAUUAAUGUUAUUAUAAAGAUGAUCAUGGGUAGCUAAUGAAUGAACAAUAAUACAGUGUAUAAGGAAGUAAGAUUCCAAAACAAUCAAAAAUGUUAUGCUUUAAAGGAAACGACGACUUGAAAGAAUAAUGUACUACUUUAUCGGAAAUCGUUCUGUUAUGCAAGUAUGAAAAGCGAUUUGAUUAGUUAUAUAUAUGUAAUAUUUAAAUGAGUCAUCUCUGUACCAAGGUAAAAAACGUUUAAGAGCAGUAGAUUUGGCUUUGUGUGGUCUUACUUAUAAGCCAAGACCAAAUAGAGAAACUCUUGUCUUAACACGGACACAAGAUGACACAAUUGCUCUAGUGGAAAAAUCAUUAUUCUGUUUCUUUAUUUUAAACUCUCUUUAAUUUUUAACGUAUUAGGGCACAUAUAGCACUUUGUGAAUGUGAUGCUAUUUAUGUCUAAAAAAGGUUUUGGCUUGAAGUAGCAAUGCAUUUGAAUAGUUUAAAUGGUACUGUGUAGUUUAAAUCGAUGAUUUAAGGGUUUAAAAGCAGCAGAGGCAAUCAUGAAAUGGAUUUAACUCCAAUUUAAAGAAAAUGGUGAGAGACCUAAAAAAAACAUAUUCUUCAUUCCAAAACCAGAAAACUGAAUCAUGCAAAUAAGAUAUAUUUUGAUAAUUAAAUAGCUCUUGUAUUUAGUGUACUAAGGAUUAUAUCUGAAAGCUUUUCUUCAAUGGGAGAUUUUGAAACUACCUAAUGUCUAGAGUGAACAGCAUUCCCUGUUAAACAUUCAGCGUCUCCUCAUUUGCUAAGAUUCUUGCAUUUUUCAGGAAGUGGAACUUUUAAGAAUUUCAUUAAAUCACCAACUGCUUGUUUUUCAAGUGCUAUUCUUUAUUUGUAUGUUUUUUAGUACAUUUAUUUAUUCCAUAGGAAAGCAGUAGUUUGGAUUUAGGUGGAACUGUUCGGAUCAUUUGAUUCUAAAGCAUAUUCUAGUAUGCUCUUCAUACUGUCUGCUCAUGUCAUGGGCAUAUAUCUGACAUCUGUCUGUAAUAAAUAUACUAAAAUCAUG